UAUCGUAGGAUAGCUAGCCAGUACCGUUAGUCUCUGUACAUAUAUAUAUGUUGUUAGACAACGUACUCGUAAAACAAUGGAUUUGGAGAUCUUCUCGAGAUCAGUCAUUUUGCUGUUCAAGAAGAUGACCCUCCAAUCUCUCAUUAUUGACGUUUCCUCAUAAUUUUCCCGUCCGACAGCGAAAUAGCAAGAUACUAGUACCCCAUCGUUAGCAGCAGCAGUACUAGUACUAUUAAUAGUAUUAUCAAGCAUCAGCAUCAGCAUCAGCAUCAGCAAGCAAGCAACUACUAAAAACAAGCUGCUAGGAUCCUAUCCUGCCUCUCCCACUUAAGUCUACCUUAAGUUAAGUUCAGCCAGAUCUCAAGUUCCUCAAGUUCCUCAAGUUCCUCAAGUUCCUGAAGCUCGAGCUAAGCCAAGCUAAGUCAAUUCCAGAACAUCUUGAAAGUCAGCUAGAAGAAGAGAUGCCAGUGUACAUUCCCACCAACGGCGUGGAGGCCGUGGAAGUCGCCUUUACUCUGAUGAAGGGUGAAGGCUUGGCGGCCAAAGAUCGCAAUCUGAUGGGUCAGCGUUCUACGUCGGAUCCCUACUGCGUGGUGAGUCUGGAAACGACCGUGCCUGGAGUGGGUCGAGCCAAAGCCAAGACGUCCACGGAGGAAUUGGGAAAAACUAAAACUAUCAUGAAGACACUCAGUCCGGAAUGGAAUCAGACUUUCUCCACCAAGAUCUCCUGUAGUGCACUUACGGACCCCAAGACACCGCCUUGUAUUGUCUUUCACAUUUUUGACUACGACAAGGGCAGUGACGAUGACAGCAUGGGCGUCGUCAAGAUACCUAUUAAACUGGAUCCACCCAAGAGCUUUAACAAGACCGAAUGGUACCCCGUACCGGCCACAUCGGCCAAAAAUGCAAAGGGAAAACUGCAAGUCAAAAUCAAGGCUACCAUUCAUCGAUCCACCACGCUGCAGCGCGGAAAUGCCUUUGAACUAGACACAAACCAUAUCCGAGUAGGAUUGGCUUGGGAUCUCGUCAAGGGAAAAAUCAUCGAUCUCGAUGCGGCUUGUGUUGCCGUUGACACCAAGGGAAAUAUUAGCAUGGACAACUCUGUGUAUUACGGAAAUCUGUCCAAUCCAAACGAGUCCAUUGUACACAGUGGAGAUUCAAGAGACGGUAAUGCCGAAGGAGAAGACGAAUCCAUCACAUUUCGUCUAGAAAAUGUAUCCACACGCAUACUCGCACUAUACAUUGUUCUCACCGUCGCAUCCCCCAAACGAUUCUUGAGCUCCGUUACCAGUGCCCGUGUCACCAUUACUGACGAAGCAAAGGCAAACGAAGGACCCAUGGCCUCUUUUGUACCCAGCAAACACGUCGACAGCGAAGACGCCACCGCACUCUUCUUGGUACGUAUCGCUCGAGAAUCCAAAACCAAAUGGAAGGUACAACCCAUUGAAGACGUGCAUCAGAGUGCGCGUGAUUUUGGAUCCUUGAUUCCACAUUUCAAAUCCUAUUCGCGCGAUUUGAUCCCCAGUAUUGUGGUCAAUCCACAAGAAAAAAUCUCCGUCAUGCGCAAGGGAGGAACCAUCAAGAUUCGUGACUUUUGUCCCGACAAGGUACUCCCUGAUAAUGUCACCUUCGGUUUGAGUUGGGACAUGGCCGGGGCGGGAGACACUAAAGUCGAUUUGGAUGCAUCGGCCAUCUGUCUAGACUCUGAUCUCAAAUGCGUCGACAAGGUAUGGUUCAAACACUUGGCCAGUGAUGACACGGCCAUUCGUCACGGUGGAGAUCAACGGAGUGGAGAAGACUCGGGUGAUGAUGAACGCCUCUACGUACAACUCUCCAAGGUCGCAAAAAAAACCACAUACAUUGGAUUCGUCGUCAACUCCUACAGCGGACAAGAACUCGAUGAUAUCAAGAGAGCGUCGUGUCACUUGUUUGAUACCAUGACUGGCGUCGACAUUGCCGUUCAUGCCCUCAGUGAUUGCCAAUUCUUGGAUGGACACACGGCAUUGGUCAUGGGAUGCGUCUACCGUGUCAAGGCACGUGGCGGGAAAAAAGAAUCCGAUUGGUGCCUCAAAAUCAUCAGUCAGGCCGCCGAUGGAAAAACCGUCAAGGAUCUGGUCGACGAAAUGCAAAAGUUCUUGGAGGAAAAUCCAGUCUCGGCACCACUCGAGGGGACUAUGGAAGGAAUUGAAACUAUUGAAUCGACAAUGCCUCCCGAAGUACCCAUUCAAGAAUGAGCUGAAUCAAACGGAGAAAAAAAGAAAUAAACAAGACGGAAAGGAAAGAUAAGGAACGAAAUAUGGAAGGUUGGCAACAAUGAUUCGUUGGUUCGAUGGUGGAAUUUACGAUGACGGAUUGGAAUGGAAUGACUGGUUCAACUUGGAGCGGAACGUGGAGUGGAACUGGUUUGGGCGUUUGACAGUCUAGCUACCGUACCAGAGAAUCGAGUUUUCUGGAGUGGCUGAGACGGAUGCUUGUAUUUGUUUGGAUGGGAAAGAGGGGACUACCACUGCUUUCACCACUGUGUUGCAUUUGUAUACAUUUUCUACUCAUGUCAUGUGCAAUCUCAAUUUUGGUUGUUCCGGUUUGGCUUGGCUUGGCUUGGCUUGGCUGCUGUAGCAACCUUCCUUGUGGGAAUACUUGCAUAGUCUAAACUAAAAACGAAACGAAACUCC